ACGUCAUAGAAUUAGAAAAUCUAGGGCAGCUGGAGAAAGAAUUGGAAUACUGCGUAUUUCCCAGUUUACAAUAUGACACAAACAAUAGGAAGAGUUGAUAACCCGCUCUUGCCAUUUGAUGGAGACAUACCAGGGGGGCUUCAGUCAGGAAAACAAGUCUUCAUUCAAGGAAGUAUUCCCUACACAGCUGAUGGAUUUGCCAUUAAUUUUAAAUGUGGGAGUGGUGACAGUGCAGACAUAGCCUUUCACUUCAAUCCACGUGUCAGCCAGAACUGUGUUGUACGGAACACAUUACAGAAUGGCCAUUGGCAGAAGGAGGAGAGACAUGGCGGAAUGCCAUUUCAAAAAGAAAAACCAUUUGAAAUCAUCUUUUUGGUUCAGGACAGUCACUUCAAGGUAGCAGUGAAUGGGAAACAUUUCACAGAAUAUCAACACAGAAUCCCAUUGCACAGAAUACAAAGACUUCAGAUUCCACCAGGUGCAUCCAUUUUCUUCAUCAGAUAUGAUGCUCCUUAUUCACCACCCAGUUUGAGCUACCCUUCAAAUGCCAGCUAUCCUUCACAGAUGCCAGCUCCUAUCUACAACCCCCCCAUCCCAUACCUAGGCCUGAUUCCCCCUUGUGGACUUCAAGUGGGCAGACUCAUCCUAAUUUCUGGAAUAACCAGAGCAGUAGACAGGUUCACAAUAAACAUCCAGGAAAGCCCAGCAGGAGCCAGUGACAUAGCAUUUCACUUUGAUGUCAGAUUUAACUGCGGAAAUUGUGUGAAUGAGAUUAUUCGCAACAGUUUGAGCGGAGGAACCUGGGGGUCAGAGGAGAGACAUAAGCCAUAUUUCCCCUUCAGACCACAGGCCAAUUUUGACUUGAUGAUUCUUUGUGAUCCUCAUGCAUUUAAAGUUGCCAUAGAUGGGAAACACUUCAUUGAGUACCAGCACCGUCUGCAGCCUUUAGGGCGUUUUCAGUAUCUUGGUAUCCUUGGUGAUAUCAAGGUCACACAGAUCCGAUUUCAGUGAUCAGCAGAAGAGACCUUGCUAAUGAUCAAGUACAGUCCAAAGAAAUGGUGAUGAAUUCUCCACAAAAUCAGUCAAAAUUUAGUACAUGCUAGUUCAUUUUGAUUGACAAUUUAAGAUCAUUUUGCAACUUCAUUUUAGUCAUUUAAAUCUAGCAGAUUAUAAUAUUGCUUCCUUGUCCUUCUUGCUUUUUCCAUGUUUAACCACAUUGACCUUUACGUUAAUUA